AUCCUACACUAAGAUAUACAUUGGCAUAUCCACACUGAUAUAUCCCACACUGGUAUAUACAUUGGCAUAUCCACACUGAUAUAUCCCACACCGAUAUAUCCCACACUGGCAUCUGCUCGUCCCCCGUUCUAGGCCCCCAUCUCCACCUGCCGGCUUCUCCCCUCUCUGAAGACCCCCGGCUGUAUACACAGCCCCACCCCGUCCUGCCCCUCCCUCGAGCCGCACGCCUCGCCCACACCAUGAACGUGCUCGUCUACUCCGGCAAGGGCUCCACGACCGAAGGCGUGCGCCACACCGUGGAGCUGCUCCGCCAGCACUUGUCGCCCUACUACGCCGUGAUCACGGUGUCCGAGCAGGCGCUCCUCCACGACCCCUGGAUGAGCAAGACCGCCAUGCUCGUCAUGCCCGGCGGCGCGGACUUGCCCUACUGCGGCCUGCUCAACGGCCCCGGCAACAGGCGCAUCCAGCAGUACGUGCGGGCCGGCGGCCGGUUCUUGGGCUUCUGCGCCGGCGGCUACUACGCGUCGCUGCGCUGCGAGUUCCAGGUGGGCGACCCGGCCAUGGAGGUCAGCGGGCCCCGCGAGCUCGCGUUCUUCCCGGGCACGUGCCGCGGCUGCGUGUACGAGGGCUUCGUCUACGAGUCCCACCAGGGCGCCCGCGCGGUGCCCUUGGCCGUCAACACCGCGGCCUUGGGUGCGCUCGGCGCGCCCGCCCACACCGUGGUCUACUACAACGGCGGCGGCGUGUUUGCGGACGCGUCGCAACAUCGCGGCGUCGAGGUGCUUGCACGAUACGCCGGCGCCACCGACCUCCGCGACGGCUCCGGCGACAUGGCCGCGGCCGUCUACUGCAAGUACGGCAAGGGCGCGGUGGUGCUCAGCGGCGUGCACCCGGAGUACACGCCGCUGUUGAUGAGGCCGGCCGCGGGCGACACACACUUCCUGGGCAUCGUGGCGGCGCUCCGUGCCACCGACGACCUGCGGGCGCGCUUCCUCGCCGCGUGCCUCGGCAAGACCGGCCUCCGCACCAACGACGACCCUGCGUCCACGGUGCCGCGGAUCACGCCGCUCUACAUGGCGGCCCACCUCGAGCCGCGGCGGGCGCAGAUGGUCGUGGCCGCCUUGCGCGCCAACAUGGACUUCGUGGCGCCCAACACGUUCGAGGACGCGCACGACACCUUCGUGCUUCACGGCGAGGACGACGGCGUCCAGGACUACAUGCUCGCGGCCGACAGCGCCGGCGCCCCGGAGCUGCUCGAGGCGCUCACGGCGGGCGCGAAGCACAUCAAGGCGUACACGUCCGCGGCGCUCCCCGAGCCGCGCCUGACGCCCUACUUCGACAUGCGGCUCUACUUCGACAGCUUGGCCCGGCUCCACGCGCACAGCGCCGCGCCGCCAGAGGACCGCGACUUCGGCAGCUUGCUCUGCUACGGCGAGGUCGUGUCCUCCACCAACACGCUCUUGGAUGCCAACCCGAACUGGCUCCGCCACUUGCCCACGGGCUUCACGUUGACCGCCUCCACGCAGGUCGCGGGCCGCGGCCGCGGCGGCAACGUGUGGGUGAACCCGCGAGGCGUCAUGGCCACGUCCGUGCUCUUCCGCGUGGCCCACGACGCCCAGAAGAACUUCAACAUCGUCACGCUCCAGUACUUGUGUGCGUUGGCCAUGAUCGAGCUGAUCCUUGGCUACGGGGGCGCGCUGCAGGGACAAGCCGCGGGCUACGAGGACAUGCCUUUGCGUCUCAAGUGGCCCAACGACAUGUACGCAUUGAAGCCCGAGUUCUUCUCGGCGCCCUCCGACAAGAACGACACCAGCUCCACCGUCGAUGGUGACGAGCAGAAGUGGGCAAAGGUCUCCGGCGCCCUCGUGAACUCGCAGUUCAUCAACGGCGAGUUCUACUUGGUCUGGGGCUGCGGCGUCAACGUGCUGAACGAAGCACCCACCACGUCCCUCAACUCGGUGCUAGAGAAGCUAAACGAGAUCCGGGCCCAGAAAGGCCUCGCGCCUCUCCCGCCGUACAACCAUGAAAUGCUUUUGGCCAAGACCUUGUUCACGCUAGGCCAAUUCUUCAAUGUGUUCAAAAAGUCUGGCCUCCUGCCUUUCUUGAGCCUCUACUACAAAAGGUGGUUCCAUCUGGACCAGCGCGUGCGCCUCGACAAGGACGGCAGCGGAAACACACGCGAGUGUGUCAUCAAGGGCAUCACUAGCGACUAUGGGCUUUUGGUCGCAGAGGACAUCCGUACAAGAGAGACUUUGGAGUUGCAGCCCGACGGGAACUCCUUCGACAUAUUCAAGGGCCUUGUCUACAAGAAGCGGUGAUCCGGGCAACCAUGGCAUGAGCUUUCAUGGGGCUGUCUUGUC